AUGCGGCCGGAGAAGGACGACGGCCUCGGGCGGUCGCUCCUGGCGCGCAACAUGCCGCGCUGGACCGACGAGAGCCGCCACGACCGGCCCAAGGAGCUGAACAACGCGGCCUUCUCGACGGUCCAGGUCCUGAAUUCCAUGAUCGGCUCGGGCGUGCUGAGCUUCCCCUACGUCUUCGCGAACUGCGGCUGGAUCCUCAGCAUCCUGCUGCUGGGUUUGAGCGCGGUCGUCUGCUACGCCACAAGCAUCAUGCUCCUCCGCGUGGGCCAGGCCGUGGGCCACCCCAAGGGCGAGCUCAGCGAGGUCAUCGAGAAGACGCUGGGCGUGCCCUGGCGCAAGGGCGUCGACAUCUGCAUCGCGCUGAGCUGUUUGGGGGCGCUGCUGACGUACUACAACGUCAUCGGCACGCUCGGCAGCGAUCUCCUGAAAUCCGUGCGCCACGACGACGGCGCGGAGCUCGUCGUCGACACCUACGCGGGGUUCAUGUUCGUCGUCGUCGGCCUCGUCGCCGCGCCGCCCUGCUUCUUCCGGGAAUACGGCGAGCUCACGCCCAUCAGCCUCCUGUCGCUCUCGUUCAUCGUCUUCACGACGCUCGUGGUCAUGGGCAAGGGCAUCGACAAGGGCCACGCCAUCCCCGCGGGGCCCGACUCCUGGUACGCCCCCGUCACGCUCCUGGGCAACUUCGUCUACGCGACGUCGAUGCAGUACGUCGUCUUCGAGAUGUACGCGUCCAUGGAGGCGACGUCGCGGCCGGCCGUCAAGUCCGUCGUCGCGGGCGCCGUGGGCUGCGGCUGCUCCAUCCUGCUCGUCAUGGGCCUCGGCGGCGUCGCGGCCAUCGGCUCCGACGUCGACAGCGAC